AUGGCCAGUUGCGGGUGCGGGGAGGAGAUGACGGAGAUGAAACCCAUAGCACUUGGUUCAGAGACCUUUGGUUUCCAACGUGUCGAAAUCUGCAGCCUGCUGGCUGCCAGUCAUCCAAAGUCUACAUCGCCGUGGGCUGCGCUACCGCGCGCCAUUUUCAGGUGCCCAGUGGUGCCGCUUGUGGCAUCAGGGCGAACUGUGCUGGGGCUGAGAUCCAAGAAUUCGAUAGAAAGGCUCAUUGGCAACUUCAUUCUCGACCCGUUGCCCUGCGUCUUUUCGGACUGGCACGCCAUGUCGGUGGUGCGCAACCAGCAGCGGAGCCUGCACUUCGGGCUGCGGCUGCACUCGCAGUCGGUGUUUUUGUACAAUAGCGGAGAUGCCGGCAUUGCCACCUGCGGCCCCAGCAUCCACGCAGACACAGGAGUUUGGACUGUGGAAGUGUCCUUAUCUGCCCCGGUGCAGUUGGACGGCUUCUGCCGGGCGGAUCUGGGCUUGGUGCUGGACAAGAGCGAUCUGUCUGAACGCUGUGCCUCAGGGAUUUGGUGGGAAGCCGGCGACGGUGAUGUCUUCAUCGGAAAAGAUGCAGGUGGGAGCGCGGAGGGUUGGCUGGGCGGAGCCGCGGCCGUGGAGAAUGGCAUCCUACCCAGCUGGCACGAGGAGGGAAGUCGCGUGGGCCUCGUUUUGGACACCGACUUGAAGAUCUUGGGCUUCACAAAGGCUGGAGCAUUGCAACAUUUCGAAUGGAAAGUCCCCGACUACGCCUGGCCCGUGCACUUCGGCGUGGGUUGGAGCGCCGACAUCGGGGGGCAGUUCCACCUUUUGUCGCGCGGCGAUGACGGGAUCCUGGAGAUCUUGGUCUCUGCAACAUUUCCGCCGUGCCUGGCCCAUCUCGAGGCAGGGCAGAACCCAGUGGACUAUCACGACAUCGGAACGGAGGGACUUCGCGUCCAUAACGCCGCUGCCCGAGGAGGUGGCCAAAGUGAGCGACCUCGACGACCUCGCGCUGCGGCAGGAGAUUUUGGGGACAUGGGCAAGGUAUACGUCCUUGCCACUGGAGGCGCUUCAAGUCCCAAUGCUGCGCAGUUCGCGGCAGCGUUUAGCCCUGGACAUGGCGCCUCUGGUGCCGGAGCUGCGAAGUUUGGAAGCUGCCAUUCUUCAACACGUGCCAAGCAGUUUGGAGCUGCCCGAGGACAUGUCCCAAUUCAUGGAGAAGAUCCGCGAGCGGUGGCGACGCCGCAAUCGUCGCUGGCAAGCGUUGGCGUGGUGUUGUGGCUGAAAAAAGGUCGCGCGGCUCGCGGUGUUUUGGAAGCGCUCCGACUCCAACUCUUUCAGAUGAUGCCCAUCAGCUCCAUCCGAAUUACCCUUUGGUACACACCACAGGAUGGCAAGAUGCUGUUGGACAAAGAAGCUGAAAAGCCUUUCAAAGAGGCGGGCUAUCGUUGGUUCCAGUUGGCCAACCGCGCGGAUUCGCGGCGGGGACAGGUCAUGAGCCAGAAACGGGCGCAGGAGCGCGAUGGCAAGUUGCCACUGGAGACACCGGAUCUCUGCAUAAGUAGCUGCUUGUUGGUGCCAGGACGACGGAAGGUGCCGGUGGUGGAUGAAGUCUACCGAGAGGCUCCAGGGAACAUCCUGGUCUUGGCCGAGUGCAUUCGAAAGCACUGCGAAGAUCUGCAGGCAGCAUCGGAGCCGAAGGUGCUACAACGAACCCUUGAAGGCCUAAAAGAGGUCAAGGGCUCGGGCUCUUUAGUGCGCAGCAACUGUUCGGCGGAUGCCAAAGACUGGCAGGAUUUUGCUGCCGAGUGCUUCAAGGAGCUGACGAUUCCCUCGGAGCUCACGGCCUGGCUCUGUCGGGAGCGACCUGAAAGCGUGGCCAAAGAAGGCGAAGAGGGUCCUGAAAGCCAGGUGGAGCGUGAAGUCUUGUGCGCCGGCCUGGCCUUGCGUGUGAACUGGAAGGCCCAGCGCGGGGAUCCCGCGGAGCCGGAGACCUUCACGGAGAUCGCGGUGCAAGCCACGGCCACGUCCAGGGUCACUGAGAGUCCGGUGGUCUAUGUGGCAACGGAGGAUGACGAGAUCUCGGUCAUGAUGUGCAAACUUUCGGCUUCCCUGCCCAGCGACAGCUUGUAUGAGUUUGCAUCGCGGCUGCUCAAAGAGGCGCCGCCCGGCGAUUUCGAAGAUGAUCGGCUCGUGUCCCACGUCCGACUUCCGAGGCUUUCGCGCUGCUGCGUCGCAUGCACGGAAGCGCCACAGUCGGACGCCGAGACGGCCUUUGACUUUACCUUUGCCCGGGAGCUCUUCGGGUUCAGGCUCUCCUCACGAGGGACUCCCUUGGGAGCGUUGUCGGUGUCGCCUCCCAGAGAGGUACUGACGUUGGAUGGCGACUUCCUGCUGGCGGUGUGGCACGAGAAGUACGUGGAUCUGCAGGUUCCCAUGGCCACGUUAUCGGACUCCGACCAUGAGGCUGAGGAGACGGAGUUCUACGACGAGGAAAUCUAUGAAAACGAGGGAAACGAAGUUCCCGAAGUCGAAGUGAUCGACGUCUUUGAACUCAAUGAGCAAUCCUUCGACGAGCUCAGAUUGGUGCCAGAAGUGAUUAGCGAAACCCAAGAGGUGUGGUUUGCAUUUAUCUCCCUCGCCAGCAGUCGCGAUGCGGCAGGAGAAGCGAUCUACAGCGCGAUCUUUGAAGCAGCUCCUUCGCUACAGAACUUGUUCAAGACCCCGCGGGCCGUCAUGGCCAUGCGCUUCAUGAACGGCUUGAACACCAUCAUCACAUCAAUGGACAACCCGUCGAGUUUGAAGGUCACGGCCGAAACCUUGGGAUUUCAACACCUGGAUCUGGAGGUCACGGCUCCACGCGUUUACAUGUUCCGCGACGCCAUCGUGGAACUCUUCGAGACGGAGCUGCAGGGCCGAUUCACCAGCCGUGCGCGGAGCGGGAUGAUGUCCGUGUUGAACUACGUGGGAGGUGCCUACGUUUUUAUCCGUCGUGAAUAUGCCAGCCGGAUCAAGGCCGAAGAAGAUGAGAAAGACUCCACAGACGAGCAAGGACGACGUUCAACGAGAUGCACGUGGCCUCAGCUAAAAUCCGGGCUCUCGGGUGGUAAGCCUGACAGGGAACUUCUGAGGGACCGUCGGCGAAGUAACAAGUAUGCUGAGUUUCUAUUCAAUGCAGCGGUGAUGGGGUUCAGUUCCAGUGUUUGGAUGCAGCUGGUGCUCGAACAGUUCGGUGCCAUCGUGAACAAUGCCGCCAACUCCUAUCGUCUGCAGGAAGAGUGCGAUAUCAUGGCCUUGAGGUUGGCGAAGUAUCGUGGUUCCAUUCAGCUGAACGAGUUCAAGGCCGUGAUGUUGGCCGCCUUGCGAUCCUUGGUCCCAAGGGAUUGGAGUUCCGAACACGAAGUCGCCUGGACGUGGCUCUGGGAGAACGUGGAGCGCCUGGUUCGAAGCACCUUGGGCAAACCGCAGCAGCAGGAGAGAGCUCUGGAGCGUUUCAUCAAGAGCCUCACUCCCGAGGCCUUCAACUAUUUGCGAACCGAAGUCUAUGCCCGAUUCUUUCAAAUGGCGCCUGCAGGACAGGAUCACUUUAAGCAGUCGUCCUCGCGCUUGCACUUCAUCGCAGACAGAGUGGUAGAGAUGACCAUCGAUAUCUAUUGCGAGCCUCGAAGGAUGGUGGAAGACAUCUCGGCCCUGGGUUUGCGUCACGUUGGCUACGCCAUUCCCACGGAGUUGUUUGCUCCCUUCGUGUCCUGCUUUGUGGAGACGGUUAAGGAGCUCACCUCGGAUGAAUUGGCUCAACAGGCGUUCCGCUGGUCCUUGACGCUGAUUUCCAAGAUGUUGGUCAGGACCAUCUUGGAGGGAUCUACUGUGGUCAUGAAGGCGGUGAACACCAACUCGGAGAAGCAGUUGCGCAAGGCGAUCUCCAUCGCGCCCCGCGGGAAGCGUGCAGUCUGGCUACUGGACAUCACUGUGGGUUCUCAAACCAUCUCUCCACUGCAUUGGGCGCUUCAAAGCGGCAGUUUGAGGACAGCGAAGGCCAUGAUUCAAGAUCUCCUGACGAUCCGUGCAGAUCGUGAUACCUACUACUAUGGCUGCGACGAGCUCUUUGCACGCCAUCCGGAUAUCGUCAAACGCCUCAUCGCAGAUGCUGAAUACCUUCUGCCCGUGCUCCUGGAUGGAUUGAUCUGGCGUUCGCGCGUGCCGGUGAAGGGCAAGCGCAGGGUGAAUUACUUCGUGAAGCAUCUGAUGGUGGACGAAGUCGGCGACUUCAGCAAGGCGUUGAGAUGGAUCGUGAAAGCAGGCAAUGCAAAGAUCAUAUGCCACCCAGCGGUGGUGCUGGUUGCCGACAUUCUCUGGAGCCGCAUUGCGAGCGCCUACUUCUUGGCACUACGUUUCUGGAUGUUGCUGGUCCUCCUGUGCUUCGUCGUCAGCCAAUCGGUGUUGCCACGACUUCACACGGUGAGCACCGACACCGACAAUCUGGUCAUGGUUGUGUUGAGGAUCUUCGUGUACAUUAGCAUCUUUUCCACAUUCAGUGUGGUGCAAAUACGCCAGUUCAUUCAAGACAUCAGGUCGGGGAGUUUCGUGCAGAUCUACCAGAUCCCGUGGCCACAAUUCCUGACCGACUGGAAAGAGCGCGUGGCACUUGCCCUGGUUCUGGUCCUGAUCGCGAUGGCUGCGCAGGAGCCAAUCUUGUACUGCCUUGGAGCAGAGGGCUAUGGACACUUCACCCAGAGCUGCCCAGCCGGCCUGGCUCGCAAGGACGGCUACUCCACUGCCAGUGCCAUUGCGUUGAUGCUGUUUUUCGCGAGGAUUACCGAUUUGAGUAUUUUGUCCACCUGGGCCAGCGCAUUUCUGCUGGUCUGUGGUCGAAUGCUACGAGAGUUGGUCCUCUUCUUGCUGGCCAUCGUUUUCCUUAUCGUGGCCUUUGCAACCUCCGUUUGCACGCUCCAAGAGACCUUCGAAGAUUUCAGCCGCGCGGAUCGUGCCAUGCUGUCGCUCUCAGAAAUGGUCUUGGGACUCUACCCUAGCAGUCGCUUUGAACAGCUGCAGCAAAUGCGAAUCGUGAUGGCCGCAGUGAGCAUUUUCAUCCUGAUUUCCUUGGUGUUCCUGCUGAAUCUCUUGGUGGCACAGUUGAACAGUGCAUACCAAGCCAUCUUCGAAGACAUGGUGGGCUUCGCUCGCCUCAAUCGAGGCUGUGGAUGAACAAUUUCAGCUACGACCGUUCUAAAAUGUAGAGGUUAUAUGAGUAUAUUACCUACAAAAAACGAUGGAAAAUCAUGGGAUUUAUCAGGAUUUC